CUAGUAGACUUGCACGCAUGCUGACAGUAUCCUGUUCCUGUGAGCCAUGAUGUCGACAAGACUACUUCUCUUCUUCUGUCUGACAGGACAUGUGUUUGCCAAAAAAACACCCACUGUGGACUGUGUGGUGGUUCAUCUGAAAUAUGUUCACUGUUCCUGGAAUAAGCAGGGCACUCCAGAGGUCAAUUACACCUUCUCUGGCUGGUUCCACGGUGACAAACCAACCAGAGAGUGCCCCAGCUAUCUGAAAGAGAACAACAUAAACAUUGGAUGUAACCAGCCCUAUGAAGACCAAAACAAGAGGUUCUACAAUUUUUACACCAAUCUGACACAUGGCAACCAGAGUAAUCUGACCACGCUUGAUCUUAAAAACAAAGUCAAGUUAUAUCCGCCAACCAACAUAACUGUUCGGUAUGGACUCGACUCUAACCUGUGGCUCAACUGGACCCAGAUUUAUCCUCAUUGUGUGCAGAGUGAAGUUCGCUACAGGAUCAGCAACAGGGCGUGGGCGACUUAUCCAGUGAGUGCUGGGAUGCAGAAUUACUGUAUCAACUUGCCCUCCAGUAGUUCCCUGUAUGAGCUGCAGGUGCGGAGCAAAAUGGACUACAUCUGUGGAGACUCCGAAUUCGAGAACAACUGGAGUGAGCCUAUGUUCUGGAGAUCCAACAACGGCACGGACACUCGUCAAAUGAACACUUCAAUGUCUGUGUGGACUCCAGUGCUGUAUGUGGUGGGUGCUCUCGUCCUCAUCCUACUGGUCAUGAUGUUGCUACACCAUGAAAGAGUUAGAAUCAUCUUCAUCCCUGUGGUUCCCAAACCAUCCCCGAAGCUUCACAACAUCGAGGAUUGGUUUCAAUUCCCAAAGGGCCUGAAAGAGAGUUUUAACUACAAUGAGCGUCCCUGCACUGUCCGUGAGUACUGCCACGUCUCCCAGUCUGACAACGUCAGCUCUGACAGCUCUGACUGCUCCACCUGCUCCACCUGCUCCGUCACCACCGACCAAACCGACUGUUCGGUCUUCAUCCUUGUGAACGAAUCGGACCUGUCUACCCCCUGCACUUCUUCCACCUCCACAGUCUCAGCUGAGGAGGAGAAGCCGGUUUCUGUUUAGGAGGCAUCUCAGUCAGGGUUGGGUUUUUAAAAACUUUACAAUCCAGAUGAUCUUUUACUGACACAUCUCCUCUAAAAGGAUACAUUAUGUUUGCGUCCCCUUAAGGGGCGAAACCAGUUAUAUGCUUGAGGCACUUAGAAUCAAUUGAUUCAAUUAAAGCUAUUAAUGUUUAAGAAUACCAACAACAUAAUGCAUACAGGUUAAAAUAAAUCUCCUUAAAAUGCCUAAUCCUAUUAGCCUAUUUUAUAACAAACCCUGAACCACUUCAUUUAUACAUCACUGUGAUUUGUGACAUGCAGUUUGUUACUCUGUAAAACAUGCUUCUGGCAAAGUACCACUUUUAGGUACCAACAUUUACUGUAGCGCAGAGUUUUAUCUUUCUCUAUCAGUGGUCUGUAUAUUUCAGAACACUAGGAACACAAAUAUACCCCUUACAUAUCAGAAGAAAAGGCACUUAAAACGUCCACAUCCUCUAAUCCCUGACUUUCCCUGAUUUAAGCAUGACUGUCAGUUUAAUAACAAUAAAAGUCAGCACCUAUUAGUUAUUCCUCAAACAUCAAAUUUAUUAUGAGACAAAUAUUUCACACGACUGAGCUUCAUCAUUGUGUCAGUUUUGUUUCAACGUUUUUCUUAAAAACGGUUAUCAAUCUAAAAACCCAGCUUCACUAUGAUAAUGCAGAAUGAAUGUAACUUCAGCGCAGCAGGAGGGAAAGCCCCACUAAAAUGAUUGCACGAGAACCUAUAUCAGCAUCAGCAUUCGUCAGGACACUUGCUGCAUGAUAAAAUAGUAAAAUCCCUGACUUCUUUAUUUUUGCUUCAGUCAGGUAUUUCUUCUCAAGUUGUAUUCGCUUGCCUAAAUGGAGUUUAGCAAUAUGGUUUUAAUAUACUGACAUACGCAAAGCAAUUCCUUAUUCCCUCAGGUGAACACUUAACAGAUUUAUUUUUAUUUUUUAUAAAACCUUAAAUAAUUAGUUUUUAAAAAAUGGACCAUACUUUACACCAUGCACCAGGUACUGUACAUGCUGAUUGGUGACACACACAAUGUGGUUGCCCUUUCUUCAGGUUAGAGUAACAGCCCCUCAAAUUGUCUGUGCACGUCCCUGUUUUCUCACAUGUAACCUUAUAUAGCAUUGUAUUAUAUUCCUAUACAUUUAUAUAUUUACUUUGAAUGUACUUGUUGAAUGUGGCUGGACGCUUUUGUAACCUGCUUAUAUUUUAGUGUAGGUCUAUGUGUCAUGACCAAUUUUUGAUUAAUAAAUAUACAUGGCUUUUUA